GUAUAGGAAGUCUUUAUAUUGUCAGUGAGUGCGUCUUUAUAAAGUGAUUUUUUUAUCGUUUCUGAAUAAAAAAUAAGCUUACAAUAGUGUAUAUGUGUGAUAUGGAGAGGCUGAAGUUUAGAUUAAAGAGGUCCAGUCAGUUACUAAAUUUGAGAAUCACGCCUCAUAAGAAAAAAAAAAGUCACAAAAGAUCUUGAUGUUAUUUCAUUAUAGAGAGCAAGAUGGCCCAGUUCUGUUCAAAUUCGAGGAUGUGCCUUUAUCGAGGGAGAUGUUCACAUGGGGUUUUCGUAGCAUAAAUGAAAAGAAACUGCGAUAAAUAUCCAAUUUCGUAAUUUUCGUAAAUGCGUGAUGUUGUUACAGAUUCAGUCAGAUCGUAUAAUUUGUUUGUGAAGUGUUACUGUAUCCUGGCGAUCAAAUAUACUAUCUUAUUUGGAUCUUUUCUCAUAUUGAUGAUGCUGCAAUGUGUGUAUGUAUGCACGUGUGUGUGUGUGUGUGUGUAAGGUAGGUUUAAAUGACCUAUUCAGUUUCCUAUGUCUUACGAAGGUUAGACUGUAAUCAUAUUUCCAUUCGUAUAAUUUUUUCCAGUCCCUUUUAUUUAUCCCUAUAAGCUAAGGGGUCGGCUGCCUCAAUAUGCCUUCUCCAAUUACUUGUGGCAGCACCUUCUUCCUUCCAUUUUUCAGACUCAUAGCUCCCCAAAAUAAAUAUGUGUUGAUAUGAAUGAGUGUGGCUGCUAAAACAGUAUAAAGCUUUGGACAGACUUACUUUUUAAACUUAAGUCACUAGCUAUCUGUACCCUCAUAUCUCAUGCUCCCCACUACUUAAUAGACUCCAUUCUCUCCUUAGCCUGGCUUUCCAAUGAGAUGGAUCCUACAAAGUCGUCAUCAGCAUCAACGUUUACUGAUGAAAACAUCAACUGCUUUAGACUUAUGCUGAUUGUUGACACUGUAUAUCGCACCUUCAUGAGGUGGGUGUUUUACACCGAUGCCACGGACAAAGACGACGACGAAACUCUGGAAGACUACUUGGUAAACAAACGCAACAUGACACACCCAGAGUACCGUACCAAAUUCAACAGGACGAUGAAAGGUAUGAUUAAAAGUGAUAAGUCUUGCCAAAGCUUCGACAUCUCUCUCUGGCUCUAUGCCAUCAAGUAUGGAUGCAAGGAGGUGGCUAGUCCUGACAGCAAUGAGUGGAAACAGAGUGGAACGUUUGAACACAACCUUGUACAGAUGAAGAAGGACAGAGAUGCCCUGGAACACGGGAAGCUCAGCGUUAGCAAAGAUGCUUUCGACAAAAAAGUACCCGAGAUUGAAGAUCUGCUCACGAAGACAAUGAAACUAGCCGAAGUCAAGUAUAAGAAGUUUGAACUAAAGGGAAAGGCACAGGAAUAUUUGGAUACAAUUAAGUUAAUUACUCAAUACCCACUAACAGCAAAGGAAUUUGAGUCUUACAAGCAAAAUGCGCUGCUACAAAGAAACCAGGAGGCCAUCUUGAAAGGUGGAAGGGCUGAAUUAAUAGAAUUGCAUAAAGGCCUGUCUGCAGUGGGAGCACUAACUAGCCUCCUAAAGCCAAAGGAGCGGAUAGACGUGACCACUUUGUUUGUCAAACCUCAUAUAGUAGCUUUAGAACACGAAGGUGAAGACAUUAAACCCAUUGCAUUUUCACAGAUGCUGGAGUAUGCCGAAAAUCAAAAAGGUGGCGAUUGCAACAUAGCUCAAACUCUACUGAUUGCAGGUGCUGCUGGUUCUGGGAAAUCAACAAUCAUCAAGAUGUUCUUGUCUGAAUGGAGUUCAAACAGUGACUCAGUUAGAGGACUUGAUCACUACAAGGUUCUUUUAUUUGUCGAUUGCAGAAAUGUAGAGGUUACUUGCCUCUGUAAGCUCGCUUGUGCUCAGAUGCCCAAAACGUCGAUGAAAAUGAGUGAGAAAGAGAUGCUUUACUCCAUACUUAGCCUUCCAACGCUCAUCAUAUUUGAUGGACUGGAUGAAACGAACAGCAACGCAGAAAAUCUCUUGCAAGAAGUCCUCAAUAUUCAGACAAACGAUAACAUCACAAUAAUGGCCACAGUAAGAACAGAAAGGUACGAAGAAUUUUCCUACAGGAUACCUGAUGACUUACAGAGAAUCAUCUUCUAUCUGAAGGGAGUUACGGCAAGUUCAAGAGAGCUUCUCGUGAGGAAACUCCACAAAAAACUGAAAGAUAAAGGAAUGGCUGGAGGAGACAUUGAAGGGUUGCUCCUCUACUUGAGGACGAGAGAAGCCAGUCUUAAGGCGUUCUGGAAUCUCCCUUUUAAUCUGGUGUUAGUGACUUAUCUAUGGGCUGAAAACAGCGAAUCUGUACGAACCAUUACUACGCCCGUUGAGCUCUAUAGCAAAAUCAAUGAACAGAUUAGGAAGAGAAUUCAUGACCGCUUAGCCCGUAGCGAUGGAUUUAUUCCUACACUGGAGAAACGCAUCGAUGCUUUUAUAAAUGGGUUGUGCUGGGAAGCACUGAAAGGAAUUAGAGAAAAUAGUAUGACUCUUAACAAAGGGGCGCUUGGACGUCUAAACUACCUCUCAAAAUCUAUGUCUCUGCAUUUAGACGAAAUGCUUGGUUCAUUCCUUCAGUUAGAUCCUCUGGGAGAAUUCAGCUUCUUCCACAGGGCACAACAGGAAUUCUUUGCAAGCUGGUACAUCAUUGCAACAGUGACCAAUAAAGUUGUCUCAAGUAAUGUUGAAAGCAUAAAGAAGAAGAUCAUGGAGAGCUUUGAAAAUAAAGGAAUCUCAACCAGUGUAUGUAAGGAUAUGGAGACUUACAUUUCUGAUUACCUCAAAGACUUUCAGAAAGAUGGCGUUGCAGAUAUUUUGAGGCAUGUCAGUGACGAUACGAUGGAGUGUCACUUAACCAAGUAUCAAAACACAUUGGUCAAUUUAAUGGAACUUCUCAACUUAAACAAGAGCUCAGUCAGUAAAGCCUUGUAUGCAGAAUUGUUAGAUCUUCUAAACAGGUCUGGAGUGAAGGACAAGGAAUCAUGGAUUGCAGUUCUUAACAAUGUCAAGUGUGAAGAGGAAGUACUCAAACAGAUUUGUGCCAAACCAGGAAUGCAAGGUGGCACGGCUAACAUAACCAUAGACAACCUCGUAGCCUAUAAUUCAUUGAUAAAGUAUAUCUCAGUUAACCAAAUAAAUAUAAACAUUUCAGUUAACCCAAUAGAUUUCGUGCCACCAUUUGAUCAACUGAUUGAUAGACUUGUGGAAAUAAAGGCGCCCGUUCGCACUCUGAUACUGCAACAUCUUUUUCGUCACCCUAGAUCCCAGCUGGUGGAUACUUCCCUGAAAGUUAAGAUCAUUCAGCUUGUAAAUAAGAGUCCUCUGACAAAAUACUUUGGACCUGUAUAUCCUGCGAUGUCCAUUCCCAUGACAGUGGUGAAUAUUCAGGCAAGUGUUUCACAGUCAGGGUCAUUUGCACAACUCAAGAAUUUUGCCGAGGCUAAUCCACAUCUGGAAACCUUACAUGUAUGCGUUGACCUUGACAUAGAUCCUAAGGAGCUGAGCAGCCUCCCUAGAGUCAAACACUGGUUACGACUCUACCUCCCAGAUGUGACGGAAUCUUCGACUAAGAUGGCUUUCUCUGUCAUCAAGGCGUUGGCUCCCCAGAGAGAUAGGGUGAAGGAAGUGUUCUUCCCAAGGUGCUCGAGAGACACCAGAGUUCUGAAAGCACUGAUGUUGGAGGCCAGGAAGAGAGUCCACGAUCACUUCGAGUACUACUUCCCCAAAGAGUGCGAACACUUCUUCCUGGAGUACAACUGGCCUAAUGCUUUCUGUGGGGACAGAGGCAUCGACGAUUGGACAUAGACACCACCAUCACAGCAAGCUUUAGGAACCAGUCAGCACUAUCUAGUCAUUAUGACAAAGUUUUAAAGUCAGUGGAAUAUGUUUACACAACGUAGCCAUUAUAAGUUUAUGACUGUAUUGAAGUCUGUGGAAUUCUUUCUUCACUUAAGGAAUUCAAAGACGUUUCUCUGUCAAUCUUGACUCUUUCGAAUAGAUUCGACUGUAGCCUUGAAGAAGUGAGACUGUUAUAGGAAUUUUCAACCUAUUUUUUGCAUUCAUGACUGUAAGUCCUCUUUAACAAUGGAAGGAAACUAAAACUGAAGAGAUACAACACAUCCCACUUUGGGAACUUCUUUACAUACAAGAUAUGUGACACAUGGAAUAAACUGCCACCAGAAGUUGUAAACAGCAACAGUGUGGAAGAGUUUAAAAGAAAGCUAGACAAAAUCAUUAGGACACUGUGAAUAAACAGUAAAACCUGCUCCUAGAGAUAAGUGAGCACAAGAUGUCUCCUCGGAUGGACUAACAAGUCUUUGAGACAUCCUAAUCCUUGCAACUCAUGACUAUGAAAUAUAGGUUUUGGAUCUAUCAUUGGCUUGACAAUACUCAGCUUUUCUUAAAUUCCUGACGGACUUCCUUAAUUCCAUAAAGUUCAAGGGCCAAAUGAGGUCAGAGGUCUUUCAAGUGACCUUAAAUGAGAUGGUAAUUAGAUGAUAUGAUGUGUUCAGGGGGUUCUUGGUAUGUAAAGGUCACGAUUCAGGAUAAAUACUUAAAAUAUCAAAAUUCAGUGAAAUUAUAAUGUAUCAAGUCUAGUUUCAUUUCGUGUACAUUAACCUUAUCACCCUAAAUAAACAUUAUUCUUACCAAAUGGUAAUAAACAAAAGAUACUUCGUAUUUAAGUAACCAAAACACAGGUGAAAACACAUCAAAUAUCAUUAUGGGGACACAGUUCAAUAAGAAGCAUUUUCCAGUCUCUCUCUCUCUCUCUCUCUCUCUCUCUCUCUCUCUCUCUCUCUCUCUCUCUCUCUCUUUAUGACUUCCAUUUAAUUUAAUGGCCUAAUUAUAUCAGUGACCACAUUCAGCAGAGGACCGAGGGACGGUGGUUAAUGGACCCACGAAUUGGUCUGGUGCAGUUUAAGAAACCCGCAUU